CUCUCUCUCUCUCUCUCUCAAUCCACUCCUCCUCCGGGUGGAAAUUCAUCCUUCAGGCUCGGUAGCGGACAUUUGUGUUGAGGACCUCGGGAGUAAAGGACGUACUCAGUCGGGGGCUCAGGGUCCUCCAGCAGCAGCAGCCUCCCCAGCCGGGUUAAUGGGUGCAGUGGUCAUCCUGGUGCUCCUGUAGCCCUGUUAUAACGGCGAGCCAAGACACUGCUGUGUAAGUGGUUACUUUACCACUACAGAAAACGAUGUGAUUCUUCUUCUUCUUUUUUAAAUUCUUAUCACUCAUCCCUGCCUUGGCUUCCUGUUAUAUUUCCCCCUCUUCUUGUGUUUCUUAUUUUCUUGCCAGUUGGAUUUUUGUAACUGGUGGUGGUUUUGUUCUAUUUCUAAUUUUAUUUAUUUAAUUUUUUUGUUCAAGUCCGGGCAGUAGGCUUACCCUUGGUGGUGUGUUUGCGUUUUUUUUUUUUUUUUUUUCCAACGGUGAAACAGGCUUGCACCGUCCACUGCGAUUACUGGCUAACUUUGGACCGCCGAAGACAGCCAGUCGCCAGUCAGAGGGGACAGAAGAGAUUUGACACCGAGCAGCCAGCCUAUAUUUGUCCGCUUGACUCUCUGUGUGAAAGGAGAGGAAGGAAACCGAGCUCCCCUGUCGCCACCGUCGCCACCAAUCUCCCUUUUCCCUCGUACGAAAGAAGAAGAAGAGGGGAAAAGGAGAAUUUGACCGGAAUAACGGGAGCGGAUAUAAUCCAGGAGGAGAUUUGACGAUCUCAAAGGCACUCCACACAAUGGGACUCCUAAACCUCUGAAGAGCCAGCACAAAAGACCAAGGGAAGAGGGAAGAAUAAAGUAGGGGGGGGGGAGAAAGGAAAGAAGCGAAGAAAAGAGGACAAAAGAGGAGGAGGAGGAGGUGACAGAGAAGAAGAAAGCGGAGGAGGAGGGAAGAUUGUUGCGGGGUGCCGGGCGAGCGGGAAGAGUUUUUUUUUUUUUUUUUUGACGGAACGAAAGGCAAAAGAGAGGGGCGGAGAAGGAGAGGGAGGGAGAUUUGAAAGGAGGGAUUUGCUCUAUCCACUGGGGGUGCAUGCUGCCCCCUCAAGCCCCCCCUCCCCCCACUUGGACAUCCUCUUUUUAUUUCUGAGUGACAGCCUGACAAAAAAGGCAGAGAAUGCGUAGUAAACUGAGCUACGGGUGCCUCGGGGCGAGCUGGGGGCUCCUUUUGAGACUACCCAGGACUAGAGCCUUGGUUCUGGGCUUGCUUCUGGCCGUGGCGGCCUGGUUCCCUCCACCGGCCCGCGCCGAGAUGGAGAUCGAGGUGCUGGUCGACAUGGAGGGAGGUGCAGAAAGCCAGAGAGUAGGAGGAGGAGAGCUGGAGGCCUCGAUGCACUCCUCUCUCCUACAGGACUUCCGGGAGGUGACGGCUGGGAUCCGGGCGAUGGAGGAGGCGGUUGCCGUAGUGACUGGAGGGGCAGCGGCGGCAGCGGCGGCAGCGUCGACGGCGACUCAGCAGAACACGGCGGCAACUUCUGCUUUCCCAGACUCCUCUGCGGUGGUGGGCCGGGUCUUCCAGAUGAAGGUGCCAAACAAAAUGGAGGACGUUUUCCUCGGUGAUAUUGUCAAGAUCACAGAGACUGGUAAGGACUCCCUCCCUGGCUGGCUGCACUGGAAUGCAAAGAGCAGAGUCCUACAGGGUCUGCCUUUGGAGGAGGACAAGGGUGUUCACUACAUCUCUGUUUCCAUCUCCAACGACACCAAGGCCUCAUCUUCCUCUGAGGUCUUUUCCAUCGAGGUGCACCCUGAAGAUCAUCUGGAUGCAGAUUCAGCCCAGCUGAUGUUCAACCAAGCUGCUAGCGAAGGCGAAGUCCAGCCAUUCAUGUGUGGUAAUGAGGAGCCAGUCACAGUGCUGACCGUGAUCCUAGAUGCAGAUUUGACCAAGAUGAGCUCAGAACAGAGGGUGGAGCUGCUGGAUAACAUGAGGAGCUUUUCUGGGGUCGGGCUCCAGCAUAUGAAGAUCCUCCCAGUGGUGAACAACAGGCUGUUUGACAUGUCGGCAUUCAUGGCUGGGCCAGGAAAUGCAAAAAAGGUAGUGGAGAAUGGAGCUCUGCUAUCAUGGAAGCUUGGCUGCUCUCUGGACCAGAGCACAGUCCCAAACAUUAAUAGCGUCCAAACUCCUGCUAAGGAAGGCACUAUGUCAGCCAAGUUGGGCUACCCUGUGGUGGGCUGGCACAUUGCCAACAAGAAACCCCACAUCCCCAAGCGGGUGAGGCGAGCAUUGAACAACACUCCCACACCAGUUCUGACUGUGCUUCCUCCUACAACUCUAGUGGAGCCUCCGGUGAGGAUUAUCCCCACACUCUCCUCUCCUUCCAUUGCUGCACCAACAGACAGCUCUGCUCCACCAGUGAGAGGGCCCGUUCCCCUGCCAGGCAAGCCUACAAUCAGGGUUCGUGACCCUAUUGCUCACACUCCAACCUUGGGACCACCUCAACCAACCAAGGUUAUGGAGACCACCAGUACCAUCCCCAUUCAGCCAACAAUGACCAGGCCUACCUAUGUGGAAGCCACUGCAACUCCACCCACACCUACCAGAAGACCCACCAGGAAGCCCAAGAAGCCUAAAACCACACCAGUGCCCCGAGAGCCAAAGACCACCACACCCAAGGCACCCAGGCGCACCACACCUUCAACAGGUGUCAUCCCAGAUCCAUCCAAUGAGAAGCCUGUCCUGCGUAACCCCAUUGACCAGGUCAAUGCAUUGGUUGGCACCUAUUUUGAGGUCAAGAUCCCAUCUGAUACAUUCUUUGAUACAGAGGAUGGGACCACAGAUAAGCUGCGUCUAACACUGAGACAGAACCACAAUGAGGUGGUUGGAGAUGACUCCUGGAUCCAGUUCAACACCACCAGCCAACUUCUUUAUGGCUUACCUGAUGUCCAACAUGUUGGAAAGCAUGAAUAUUUCAUGCAAGCAACGGACAAAGGUGGCCUGAAUGCCAUCGAUGCUUUUGAGGUCCGGGUGAACCGUUGGCCCGUCAACGACAAGACCCCUGUGCUCUUUACCGCCCGCUUUGAGGGUGAGCCAUGGUCAGUAACCAACGACAUCCACAAGAAGAUAAUUUUGGUCAAGAAGCUGGCGUACACACUAGGUGAUCGUAAUAGCAGUACAGUGAGUCUAAGAAACAUCACAAAAGGGUCCAUUGUGGUGGAGUGGACUAACACCAGCCUUCCGCAACACCCAUGUCCAAAGGAACAGAUCACGGCUAUGUGCAAGAGGCUUGCUCAUGAAGACGGAAGGCUCACACAAACCUUCAGGUACACUAUGGCACCAGAGUUCAGACCACUGGAUGUUAUGGCCAAAGGAAGGGCAAGUUGUAGAGCCCACUCGUUCAUCCCAGAAGGACAAAUUGAUAUACCAGAACCUCCAGCUAUCACCCCAGCUCUCGGAACAGGCCGACAGAGCACGGAUGAUGUAUACCUUCACACGGUCAUCCCGGCCGUGGUGGUGGCGGCAAUCUUGUUGAUAGCAGGCAUUAUUGCCAUGAUCUGCUAUAGGAAGAAACGAAAGGGCAAGCUCACCAUCGAGGACCAGGCCACAUUCAUCAAAAAAGGUGUGCCGAUUAUCUUUGCUGAUGAGCUCGAUGACUCUAAGCCCCCUCCCUCUUCCAGCAUGCCCUUGAUUCUGCAGGAAGAGAAGCCCCCACUUCCACCCCCAGAGUACCCCAACAUGGCAACACCAGAGACCACUCCCCUCAACCAGGAGCUGCUUGGUGAGUACACAGCUCUGCGGGACGAGGACCCCAAUGCACCUCCGUACCAGCCACCACCUCCCUUCACCGCUCCCAUGGAGGGUAAGGGCUCCCGUCCCAAGAACAUGACCCCCUACAGAUCCCCACCUCCCUACGUCCCACCCUAAGACUUGCCUAGCCCUCCCCUCAUAGGAUGGAGGGAGAGGAUGCCAGAGGAACUGACAGUUUCUAUGCUGAUGUUUGUCUGUUUGGAUAUUUACAGGGGGAGGGACGAAAAGAGGUGCUAUACGUACAAAACAGCUCAACGGGACUUGGUUUAGGAGGAGGAGAAAUGGGAGGGAGGGGUUUUACAGUAGAGAGAUGGGCAGAUUGGUUGAAAAAGCUGGGAGGGACUACUGUUUUAGAGGUAGCCCAGCUACUACGGUGGCCUGCAAAAGACAGACAACUUCUCGUCACGUUGGCUUUCAGGUCGACCAGCUGGUCAGCAGUGACAGUGUGGAGAUGCACUCUCCCUUCCCAGCGCUUUCAUUUUUUUUCUCUCUAUGUUGUUUUGAAAACUGGCUUUUCUUUUGUUUUUGUGUCUUCACCCCAAGAUUCUUCUUUUUUUUCCCUGGACUCACUUCAAUUCAAAAAUCCUUUGCCUAACAGCUCUUUUGUCUUGCUUUUGAAUAAUACGAGAAGACAAUGAACUGCCAUCAGACCACUGCAGGCAACAACUCUGGUUUUUAAUAAGGAGAGCGAGAUUCUCUGAAUAUGAAAAAAACUAUCACAAGGAUCUUGAAUCGCCCCUGCAGACAACACAAGAGAAUGGGAGGCCAGGGUGUGUGCGUAUGCGUCUGCGUGUGUGAGUGUGUGUGUCUGUGUGUGUGUGUGUGUGUGUGUGCGCACGCACGUGUAUUCUGACUCAAUACGGUUUGCCUUUUAACACUAGCUGUCUGUUUCUAUCCUUAUUCACAAUGUCUAGUAAAGAUGAGAAUAACAAGGUAGCCUAAAAAAGACUUAGAGAUGAAUAAUAAAAGAUUUGUUUGUUUUAUUGGUUUUAAAAAUUCACUGUAUAUCUGGAAGUUGUUCUGACAGAUCGUGUUAUUAUAUUUUUGGGUGGUGGAAGAAAGGAAAGAGGGAAGAAAGGGAGUGCCUCACUAAAAUAAUCUGCAGGAGCUCUUUUUCCCCAUUUGGUAACACAAUAGGUCUGAUCAGAGCUAACAUUGGAUGCUUUCCAUUAAAUUCCUGUUUGUUCUCAUGCCCUCUGAAGUUCCAAUGCCUUUGCUAGGUGCUGCAUUGAACCAUGUAUUUUUGCUUCAGAUCUGUGUGGGAGAGUAAAUAUGGUACUUUGGAGGCAAACUCUCACUUUUGGUCAGAGAAGAAAAAAUUAACUACUGUUAAUAAUACUUUGCGUUGAUCUAACUAACUUGUGAGAUGUAUAAUUUCAGUUAAUACAAUUGAAUACUCUCACUACACUUUUUUGACUUCAACUUAGCAAGUCAACUAAACUAUAGCAAAAGUGGAAUGCCGUUUCUGCCUUUUGCGUCUUUUGUACGUACAGUGAUUGACCCAACAGGUUUAAAUUGUAUUCAGUGUGUAGCUCCAACCAUUUGCAUAAAUGAGAAGAAGAGCUCUACAGUUUAUUUUGGACCAGGGAUAAUUAUUUUUUUAUGUAACGAGGCAGUCGUUCUCUCCGGCCUGAGGAGAAGCAUAGCGUGCCAUGGAGACUGUCCCAGAAGGGAUUGUACAGAUAUUCACAUUUUAGACAUCGCGGAGGAGACGGUAGUGGCUAAGACGGAGGCAGAGUGACGGAGGGAAGAAAGAACACUGAGUUUCCAGUUAUUAGCUCAUCUGAGGGAAAACACACUGAAAAAUGGUAGAUGAAAAAUCUCUAUCUAAUUUUUUUACAAAGUUUUUGAUACAGCCUCAAAUUGUUUGAUUAUUAAAAGAAAACACGAUUAAUGAUUAGUCUUCUGCGAUUUGUAAAAUCUUAGCUUAGAGAUUCAAUUAUGAUUCAGUUAUGUACACUUUUUUUUUGUCAUGGGUCACAUAUUUCAAGUGUUUUAUUUUAUUGUGUGUGUUUGCAUAUCAAAAUGUAUCUCCCACUAUACGAAGUUGGAAUGACCCAUAUUUUAUGUAAUCACAGAUUUUAUUUUUAUGUCCUAAUGUUUGCUGAUGAGUUUCAACUGAAAGUGACCCUUUGCAAUAAUAAUGUAAGGUGCAGUCCGUUUGGUGACUGGUCAAUGCAGGCUCAUGCGAGUGAUACGUGUAGUCAUAAUGUUGUUGAUUUUUGCAGGAUGCCAAGGCUUUUUUUGCUUAACAAGUGUGCAUUGUCAUAAUAAAACCAACUGGUACGAUUAAAAAAAAACAAACAAACAAACAAACCUUUUUUCAUCCAUGUAUCUGACUCAGCUCGCCACAGGCGGCUCACUUGAGAGCUUGCCUCAUAUGGGAAGUGUGUUAUACAUCCCAGUCAAAAAAAUGUUUGAUGUUUAUGGAUGAGGUUUUUGGCCACUGUCACUUUUCUACUGCUUCCACUUAGCCCUGAAUUGAUAAAUCAAUCUGUCUGAAGUCCACAAGAGGUUUUUUUCUCCCUAGACGGCCUGACGUCCGGUGACCAUCUUAGCUCUUAGGACUCAUUGGAACGGUCACACUGCUGUCCUUUUUGUACUAAAUUAUUCUGCUAUUGAAUGACUAGUUGGACAAUUCAGUUUGAAAGCUCUGCCCAUUAAAAAGGCUACGCUGUGAAAACAC